CCGUUGGGUCAUCCAAGACGGGCAAGAGACAGAGAGAGAGAGAGAGAGAGAGAGAGAGGAAAAAACCGCAAAGAGGAACCGAAUAGAGCACGAGAAGACCAUGGCCGCUGCGGCGGGCGACGAGCCGGAGACGACGGUAGAGGUGAAGCUGCGCGCCGUCGGUCCGUCCAGGCCCACCAACAUCCGCCUCCCCCCGCUUAUCUCGGUUGCCGAUCUGCGCCGCAGCGUCGCUCUCGACCGGCGUCUCCCAGAAGACCGCCUCCGCCUGGUCCUCCGGGGGACGACUCUCCCGUGGGGAGACGACACCCAUGUCAAACUCCGCGACGGGGAUAGCCUUAUGGUGGCCGUGGCACCUAAACCACCUGCUAAGCAUCUCCGAGAUGAUGAUGAUGAUGAUGACGACGACGAGGAUGAAGAGGAACUGAAAUUCAAAAUACCUCAAACAACAACUUGGUGGAAGAGAAGAAUUUUCAUAUUUCUUCGAGAAAAGCUGAGAUUACCUGAUAUCUUGUUGAUGGCACUAUUCUCUGUCACUAUGAAAGCAUGGAUUAUUAUCACACUAUGGUUCCUAUUGGCGCCUAUUGCUCGAAAGUAUGAGGUCGGACCUUUAUAUAUACUUGCGACAGGUUUCUUGAUCAUACUUCUUAAUCUUGGAAGACGACAACAAGGUGAUGUUAGUGCAUACUCCAUAUUUAAUGAAGAUUUCAGGGAGAUUCCAGGAACAUUUAACGCGGAGCGCAUAGAUAGAGACCUCCGGGCAGGUCAAUUCUGACGAGACCUCAACAGUAAAGUUGCCUGGAAAGUGGCAAGUGCAACUGCUUUAGCCGUUUUCGCAAGCAUUGUAGCGCAGCUACCCCUGAUUGUCAUCUCCUGUGCGAUGAGCAACAUCACAACAUAAACAGAAAUUACAUACAUGUGCUGAUGUGCGUCAGAUCUACCAAGGAAGAGUUAUCUCAUGUAUAUCUGAAGUUAAAGUCUUUCGCCGAUUUGACGAUGUACAAGAACGCACAUCCACAUCAGAAACAUGCGCAGGUACAUUUGUAGGAGUAAUGAGAGCUACAUUCGUACUACUAAGACCAUGUAGUACAAUGUGGAAGAUGCUUAGACAGGUGCUUGUAAAAAUAAAUUUGUUUUUUCUGGGCUAGCACACAGAAAAAAAAAAACAUCCAACCGAACAUUCCAUUCCUUCCUGAGUUAA